GCYCGGGAACGGACCUCSAUACAAAAAGCGAAGAGAGAUGACGAUGUGAGGGGAGACUAAGAAACAAGACSASAGCGUUGGACUACCAAACAAUACAARUUUACGGGUGCGCUCGAUCGUAGUGUGAACAACGGCUGACRAGUGGGCGACUGGACAGUAGCUUCGGAAACGUCRAAGAUGGAGGCGCCAAUGGYAGAAGGAGGGCRCUCRCCGCCGCAGGUCCCAGAUCAAAUUCAAGAGGAGGAUGAGAGUAGGAUAAGGGAGCUGGCAAGGAUGUGCUAUGAAGAUGGGAUUAUGAGGACGACAAUAGAUCCCGGGAAAAUGACGGUGGAGGGGAGAGUAGCAACCUUCAAAGUAAACGAAYGAAUCGAUAAAACAAAAGUGGAUUGGCUAAAGGAGUAUACGGUGACARUAAUAUUUCGGGASGGCGCUCACUUUCUACCGAAGAAGUUGAAGGAUGAUAUUGUGAGAGCAUACGAGGAUCAGUGUAUUCAGGAUGGGAGCUUCGAGGCAGGGGGCUUCAGGAGGGGGAGAGUGAAGAUAGAAAGUCCGAAUGUCAUUUCGUAYGUCGCGAAGUCGGCGGCAGUGRCCACGUGGCUAGUGAGGAAAGGACAUGAUGAAAUAUCAUUGGGGGCUACCAGAUACGUUMUGGACUUCAAGCCUUGGCUUACGAAGRCCCAGCUAUGGGAACAACGAAGAAGAGAGGAAGAUUCGACAUUUUGGGUGGUUGCUGUCCAAGUACCGCUGGACGGGAUGCUUUACUUGGAAGCGCAGAUACAAAAGGCAAUUGGAACCGUAAUCCAAGCCCACCCGCCCGAACCAGACAGACUGAAGCCAUCGUUGAUCAAUCUGAAAUUCGAUCUUGAUCCAGAAGCACGAGCAAAUAUGAAGGAUAAAUUAUCGGUGGUCACAUUCGAAGGGGAUACGGUCACGGUGAACUUGGCAUUGUCGGAGACUCCGAGAUGCAGAAGAUACAAAGCYUUUUUCCACUCGGACGAGAAGUGUCGCAGAAACCAAGGACAACAACAGAAUGGAACAAGCGAGCUACAUCCACAAGGAAGCCAACGUGCCACAUCAACCAGACGACAGGAGUACCAGGGACCAUUGGGACCUCUAGGAUUGAACCGAAGUGGGAUCGGAGGUGAUCAAGGGGCAGCAAUGAGACAACAGCCAAGCGAGAUGGCUUCAAGCCCCAAUAAUCCAAUAUACUCGCCGAGUCUCCAACCGCACUUCGCAACAACAGCGUACGACCAAUGGGGAAUGCCGAUGGGACCGACAGGCAAUGUGUCAACCUUUGUGCCGUGGGGAGCACAAGGAAUGAUGGGAAGGGUUCAGAUGCCUUGGGAGCAAGGUCUCCCGCAAGGGAUGAUGGGCGGGGUAUAGGGGAUGACAGGGGGAGGAUGGAUGGGAGGAUCUUCCCAUCAACAACAACAGGGAACACCUGUAACACCGAGA